AUGCACGUCUUUGAAACAAGUAGGGGGGACCUAAAAAGGGAAGGAGGCCGGCUGGCUAGAAGGCCAGCGCCUCACCCCUCCGAGUGCCGCCCGGUCCGGACGCCCCAACUCCGAACCGGGGUCCGCGCGCUCGCGGCCGUCAUCGCAGUCGCUGGAGGUGACCGCCCAGCUCGCGCAGCGCAACUGGCAGGCCGGACCGCGCGGACGCGGCAGAGCAGGCGGGCAAGGGCGCCGGCUGGGAGGCGGCGCUUGGCCCCCGUGCCCCGGCAACGGGUAAACAGCGCGCGGCCCCGCCCCCGGAGUGCGUUCGCAGCGUUUGCGCGCGCGCGGCUCUGCCCCGCCCCCGCGGUCUCGGAGCGCCGUGCGGGUGCCCGGCGUGGGCGAGCGGGGGCGCGCGCGCAGGGGCUCGGUGUCCCGCGGCGCCCUGAGCCGGCCGCUGUCUCCUCAGCGCCUCCGCCGUGCCGCGCGGCUGUGCGGACGCCGGCUGGCUCCGGGCGGGCGGCGGUUCGCCGGCGACGGCCGAGGAGCGGGCCGGGGGCGCGGCAGGAAGGGGUGCGGGGAUACUGCCCCCCAGGGGUGCGCAGAACUCCGUCCUCCUGUACUUCAGGACCUGGAGCCCAUGUCGCUUUCGCCUGCUCGGCUGAGAGAGGAAUUGCCAUGCCAAAAAAAGGGAAGAAAGGAAGAGGAGGCCGAGGCAAGUCUCAUGGGAAGAAGCAGAAGAAACCAGAUGUAGACAUCCUCAGCCCAGCCGCCAUGCUGAACCUCUACUACAUUGCCCACAACGCCGCUGACUGCCUGUACCUGCGAGGCUUCCGGUGGCCAGGUGCUCCCAAAGGGAAAAAAGGCAAAAGCAAGACUUAAGUGAUGGCAUUUCACAACCCAUCUCUGUUGUGGAGAUCAGAACGUAGGGAAGAGAAAUCAGGAUAACACAACUAUUGCAAUCAAAAUAGACUUCACGGAAGACAACUUGAAAUGCAAGCUAAGUGUGCUUUUCUGUGGUAGUUAGUGAUAAAGAAAUGCAUUUUACUUCCUCAGAUAGACAAGUAUGGUCAGCCACUUUGAUUUUUCAGAAGUUAAUGGUGAAAAAAGUAGUCUGAGUAAUUCUUGCCCAGUGUGGUGGAAUUGAUUGUAUGUUAAAAAAUUAUUAUCAUCAUAAUUUUGGGUCAGAAUUAAACUUUGCUCUCAAAAGGCA